GCCAAUCGGUCACAUUACACAGGUACCAUACGCAAUACACACACACACACAUACACACCCACACCCACACACGGACGCCCCAGCAGACGACCACGACAGGCAGACGAGAAGAAGCCGCGCUGCUCGCACACACCACAGAAACGGCCGUCUGCGCUGCGCAUCCAUCCCAUCACCAAAGACAAAUACCAGCACGCAACGCUCACACGCACACACACACACGCACAGACAGCUCCCGUCCCCCUCUGCUGCGAUGCGCACACAAGACAAGACCCGUAGGCAGGCAGACAGUCAGACAGACAGACACGUGCCAAGAGUCAGCAAGGCAAGCAUAGCAUAGCAUAGCAUACACACACCGGAAAAAACAGCAGCUCUGUCGAGUCGACUGACAGAGAGAUGGAUGGAGAAAAUGACUUUCCUGACUGGGCGGUCCCGUCCCCGUUUUCAAAAAGUGUGUGAGCGAUUCCAUGCGCCAUCCAUCCAUCGCCUGGCGUGGGUGGGAUGCCGUGUGUCUCGUUUGCCUCGCUGUCAGGAGUUGCGUCUGCUGGUGCUAGCGUCUGUUGCACCUGACGACUGGUGCAACAACAGCCAAGACCACCACACGCCGCACACCUGACAGCUGGGCAGACGACACGUACCAACGGCCUUCACCCAGACAGACAGGAACAACAAAGGAGGUCUCUCUCUCUCUCUCUCUCUGGCCACACUCCCUCCUGCCUGGUGUGCUUGUACCAACACGUACCCUACGUUCGCAGAUCGAUCACAGCUGUCGGCUAGGCUGGCAGGCUGUCAGGCAGGAAAAAAGCGAAACGCGCUCUCAUUGUGGGCGGGGGGAAACUUGUGAUCUUUUUCUGCCUCACCUUCCUGUAUUAUGCUACAACAGAACAGCAGCUAGACCAACACAAUUGGUUAACCGCUCGCUCAGCUCACUCACUCCCCCGCACGGCACGACACGACAACCAGCCCAAGAACCACCAGCACCACACCAAGGACAGCCAUACAGGCUAAUCACGUCACGCGGCACACACACGCACUCACGCACGCACGGCACAGGGAGGGAGGGAGGUGAGGUGCACACGAACGCAAAAACCACAGCUAGGUUAAAAACCACACACACACAAAAGCAACGCACGCAGCGCUGUCCUGUACUGUCAGCAGCACGGCACGGCACGGCACGGCACGGCACUCACCACCAUGCAAAGCAUUGCAAUCAAUGCAGUCAGUCAGUGAUCUUGCCUACCUACACCGUUUUGUGUGUCUGCCCUUCCCUCCUAUCCAUCACAUCACAGCAGCCAGCCUGUUCGCACCUCACCCCGCCCAGCCACUCUGUUUGCCGAUCCACAUCGGAAACAAGAAAGCUGAGCGGGAAGAAUCGCAAACCAGCUGCUGCUGUGACGAGAGACGACAGACGAGAGUAGCAUACCAGAUCCCCUACACCACCCCGCUGUCCUGCCUGCCUGUUUGCCUGUCUUAUUCACAUGAGCAUCACGUCGGUCGGUGUGAAAUGCAUCGACUCUGUGUGUGUGUGUAAUUAUGCCCCGCUGGCCGGCACUCCGAGGUCUGAUUCGUCCAUGGAGUUGCCGUCCUUUGGGUGGUGCAUGGGGGUCCCCGCCUUGGGCAUCGGGCUGUAGGUCACCGAGGGGGGCGACUCGGGCACACACGACACGUCCUUGACGCCGUUGCUGCGGUCGAUGAACGACAGGCGCAACGCUACAGCCUAGAUAAGAUACAUACAGCAGAUGUCAGGCAACAGACAGACAGACAGGUGAGGUGACACAAAGGACAGGAUGUUUGUUCUCUGUGCGGGGCGGGGGUAGGGGUGUACCUCCUUGGUGUCAGGUGAGAGCAUGACAGCGAUCCCGUAGGCGCCAUCGCCCCAGCCAGCCGAUGAGACAGCGCCAACCGGACCUGAGGAUGCGAUGCGCCGCAAACCAAGCACAAAACCAAGCACGAAACACCAGAAACAAUGGACCGCUCACACAACACAUGUCGCAGUUGUCUGUCUGUCACGGCACCCCCACCCCACACACCGUGCACGUCUCCGGUGAUGCCGGAGAGGUCACUUCCGUCAGUGAUGGAGCACACACGGCCGUACCAGUCCUCAAACCACUCGCGCCCCACACCGCCCGGAAUGCUGCACACACACACAGCCAAAGAGACAGACGUCUCUGUGUCAGUCAGUCAGUGCAUCUCUGUGUUUCUGUCUCCUCUGCCACCGGGGCGGGACGUACGUCUCUCUGCAGUAGAAACCCGCCAUGCCGCUGUCGACGCCGCACACCAGCUCGGUGGUCUCCCAUGGCAGGGCGUCGAUCUUGCCGAUGCUCAGGUCGCACAGCGGCACCGCUCCAGCGUGGCACACGAUGAGGUCGGAGAUUCGGUUGUUUGAGUCAAACAGGCCGAAAUCGCACUUGACGGCGUAGGCGUGCCACAUGCCCGGCUGCACGGGCGACAGGUUGACACCGGCAUCCACGUAGGCGGGAUCGCCACACACCUUUGGGUCGAAAGGGACACACAAUGACAUUUUCAGAUGCUGUUUGUUGUGCUCUGGCGCCUUGCCUUGCUAACUGUAUGCUCAUCUCAUCUCACCAGGCAGUCACUUUGUGCGAUGAAGCAGCCCAGCGGCACCAGUGAGGCCGACACCUCGUCGUCAAAGGCUUCAGCCGGGAUCAUUUGGCCAACAACCACUGGCACAGAAGAGCCAACACAACGCCAAGCACAAGCCGGAAGACUGAGAAAUGCUGAGGCGCAGAUCUCUCACCUCUCCCGCGAGUCUAAGCUCGCGUUGAUCUCACUGCCGAAUUUCGUUGCCAU